AUGUCUUUAACCAAACUAAAGAAGGUUAAACAUAGGAGUUGCCACAAGAUUGAGAAUUUGCCUCCUUUUGGGAAGUUGCCAUCUCUUGAAUUUUUAGACGUAUCUUACAUGGAUGAGGUGAUAAAGGUGGGCCAUGAAUUGUUGGGAUUGCAAAUUGAUGAUCGUGACAAUGCUAAAACUAGAAAGGAGAGUAAAGGCGAAAUGGCAUCACCAUCAAAUAUUAUUGCAUUCCCCAGUUGA